GUCGCGUCGUAAGCGCCUGGAUCAUCGCUGUAUUGCAAGCUGAGCCUCCCGUGUUCGUCGGCGACGCUGGAACGUCCUUCCGAAAAUCGCAAUCCUCAGCGAGAGGCGCGGUUCAGUGCGAUUCAUGACCUGCGCUGACGCGGGAUCUCCACAGCAGCGACAUUCCACCUUUGAAUGAUCGCAAAAAGCGGCAUCCAUUCAGCAUUAAUCCAUCCCAUCCACGCAUCCAUCUUUCCGAGCAUUCAAACAUCCAUCCAUACGCUUAAAGUGAUCUUGGUGGUUUGCCCGAAAGAAAGGAUCAUCAGCCCGCGCUGGCUGGAAGAUUCUAUCACGGCUCGGGCGGUGUAGCUGGUAUUCCCUUGGGACGCGCGAAAGAAGAGGGAGGGGCAAGGCGAUAGGUAGAAGCUCAUCAUGGCGCAGACGGCGACCCGCCCGAGCCUCACACUGGACGUGGCCCUCUCCAACACGAUCGGCUCACGCAAUCAGGCCAAUAAGAGCGCCGUCCAGGGGCGCGCAUCUGCCCAAGCGCCUGCAGGGAGCAGUGCGCCGCGAGUCGGCGAGCUGUACAAUCCGCAUGCACCGGGCUCCCACGGGCUCGGCAUCGGGGGGAGUGGUGCAAGUAGCGCGAUGGACAUGAGCAUGGGUGGUGAUGACCAUGGCGGGUUCAGCAGCGAGGACGAGGGACAGGAUGCCAAUGCCAACGACCCAAGACGACUGACGACGGGCUCGUCGAACGCUGACCACUACGCGAAUGGCAGCAAGCAUUACAUGGGAGAAGAAUCAGAUUCAUCAGUUGGAGAAGACUAUGGACAGGAUGAAGGGACGGAGCAAGGAUCGGAUGACGACCAGGAGUACGACGAAGAAGAUGAAGAUCUCUCCUCCUCUCCCAGCAUCCCAGACGAGAACAUCGACUUUGAUCUGGUAUAUGCUCUACACAAUUUCGUCGCAACUGUGGAGGGUCAAGCGACAGUGCACAAGGGCAAUAGCUUGACGCUGUUGGACGAUUCCAAUUCGUACUGGUGGCUGGUCCGGGUGCUGAGGACGCAGGAGGUCGGGUAUAUUCCAGCAGAGAACAUCGAGACUCCAUUCGAAAGACUUGCCAGGCUCAACAAGCAUCGCAACGUCGACCUGACAUCAGCCACAGACGAGGACGCGGUACAGGUGCAAGAUCGGGUCUACACGUCGCAUCUCAUCAAGUCACGAUACGCUGCUGGCAUCUCUCCUCACUCUGGAAAGCGCUCGGCGCUCUCACGACGGCGACAAGGCGCACCGUCGUCUGCGCUGGCGCAACAGGUGCGGGCCAGCGUCAACUUUGGGCCGUCGACAACUUGGGAGCACAGCGGUGAUGAAUACAGCUCGGACGAAGAAGGAGAGUACAGUGAGGGUGAAGGAGACGAGGAUGAGAUCCAGAUGGACGAGGACGCACAUGGGGAGUUUGAUAACGAGGAUGGCGUUAGCAGCGGAGAUGACAUCGAGGAGGACGGUGUUCGACCCACCGCCCUCGCGCCCGCACAGGACCGGCAGCAACAUCUGCAACAGCAGCAAGGACAACAGGCUAGGCAGCAACAACAUGGUAUGCAGCCAAGUGCCGCAGGCGGUGCAUUCAGUCGCGCGGAACCGGAUGACGGGAUGGAAUGGGACAGCGAAGCGACGCGCACCGCGCAACAGCAACAACAGAUGCAACAGCAGCAGCAAGAUGGAAAAUCCUCGAUCGAUAUUGGUGUGACUGGUGCAGUCAUUGCGAGUUCCUACCAACCCGGCGCCAGUCUCCAAGGCGGACAACGGAACCAGCCUGGUCGACUGUCGCCCUUGGGUAGCGUCCAACCGCAAGAUAGUCAAGCGCCUCGUUCGUCCUCUGACGCCAUCGCUGCCGGUCGCUUAUCAGCGAGCGAGCGGAGGCCUUCCUCGGGCUUCUUGCCUUCGCAGGUGCAGGCGGCGCGCGAUUCCAUCGCAUCGUCUGACACGUCGACUUCCGUCGGCCGUUCUUCACAGGAUCUCCAAAAAGAUGCGCGCAAGAGUGCCAAUCGCAAAUCCAAAGCCGAUGACGACGACGUCUCCACCGCCGGGACUGGAGAAGAGAAGCAGACCAAGAAGCGAUCCGGCGUCUUCAGUGGACUCUUUUCACGGAACAAAGACAAGAAGGAGCGCAAGAGCGGGAGCUUCAGUGGCAGCAACGACGGGGAGGGCAUCAUUGGUCGUUCAUCGGAGGACAGCUCUCGAGGAAGAUCGACACCCACGAGCGGCAAUGGGGCGGGUAACAUGCGUCUCUCGCAGCAGCAGUGGUCGAGGCAAAUGGGUCAGCAAAUGGGGAUCUCUGGGGAGGGCGCGCCGUCGCCGCACCUCUCAUCGGGGCGCCCGCCAAGGCCCGGCAGUCUAAUCGGCCCACCAGGAUCUGCGCCAAUGCUCAAUGUCCUGCGCGUCUUUGCUGGCGACGACAUCCAUAGCGACGCAACGUUCAAGACCGUUUUGCUCAAUGAGUCGACCAGCUCACGUGACCUGGUAAAGCAGGCGAUGCAACGCUUCCGCAUUGGGCACGGGCAAUCGGUUGAUGACUACGUCCUAACGGUCCGUUUGCUCGAGGGCGAUGAACGCAUCCUGCACCCCUCCGAACACCCGCUGCAGGUGUUCGAUGCGCUCACUGAGACUAUCCCGGACGCUACGAUGCCAAGUGUUAAGCGAUCAAGCAUCGGCUCCAUCUCGUCCGUCUCGUCCAACCUCAGCUUGAACCCCGCAAUCGCGCGAUUGGGCAGAGACUUUAGCGAUGACCACGCUGUGAAGUUUUUCCUGUGCCGCCGCUCAGCGCUCGCGUCAGCCGCUUCGACAGCGCCGCAACAGGGGUCGACGCCUGGCUCUGCUUCCUGGCAGAACUUGGACAUCGCCAGGCUCAACAGCGGUACUGCAUUCAACCGUAGCGCAGCGCCGGUGUCCAGUGAUCCGCUUCAGAGCUCCACGGCGCGCUUCGUCCUGCGGCUGCUAAUAUUCCCUUCGGAUCUCCCGGAGUCAUUAGCAUUCGAUCCGCAGACGAAUGCUGUCAUUCCGAAGGAGGUGCUCAUGGCACGCAGGUCGAGCGGUCUCGUCCCCGCAGAAGGUAUCUCGCAGCAGUACCGCGAGAAGAUCUUGCCGUUCCCGCGCACCUCCACUGUGGCCGAAGUCAUCGAGGCCGGUCUGGAUCGCUUUGGAAUUAUUGAAGGUGUAGUUGAAGGGGGCGAUGAUGUCGAAGAGCGACUGGCCAACCGAAGAAGCAAAACACGAAUACAGUAUGGCCUGUCAGCCGACAUUCAUCAGAAGGAAAAGCGACUGCUGCCGAACAGCAGGGCGAUUGACGCGUACCCGCGCCCCCCGAUUCUGAAGGCUGGGCCUGUAUCCCGCGACGGUAGGCGUCGCAGCAUCGACGCAGUCCAGCUGCUCAGCCUGAUGGAAGACAUCCGGCCCGAUGAUCCAAUCUUCAUAUUGCGACAAGUCAACACCAUCUCCAAGUCCAAGACGGCGCGGUCCCUCAGCCCAACGCAAGAGACGCUUGUUCACAAGCAAGAACAGCAGCGACAGGCAGAGUUACAAACGGUAGCGCCGCAGCCUUCGGCCAGUGCUGUGCAGGAAGCCACAGCUGCAGCAUCGCCAGCUCAGAAUGCGGCCGCCUUGACACGCCAAGAGGUCAUUGCGGCGCAACGAGCUGCCGCCAAAGCGGCUGUGCUUGGUGCACAGAAGAAUGACGUGCAAGGACUUGACGUCGUGCUUACCAACCAGGCACGCAUCCGCAGUUCCAAGUCGAAAAUGGGCACGAUCCGUUAUUCGUACAUUCCGGUGGAUGGAUCUGAGAUGGACAUCAGUGCCAUCAUCGAAGAGGUGCUGCAGGAUGGUGCUAGACCAUCUAAUGGUCUCAGCGGGGGAGUCACUCUCGAUCAACGCCCAUCACUAGGAAUGCCUGGUAACCCUCGCGGCCCCAGUCGCUCGGGGCAGGGUGAUAACACAUUGGAGGACUACGAGAGGGCGGCGGAGGAGCCCGUUCAACGGGGCCCACUUUCGGUCCAUGAUGCGUACUUUGAUCCCAAUGCCCCACGGCCAUCACUGCCAACGACCAGCUCGCAAAGUCUGUCCGACUCACGAUCCUCAACGCCUCAGCCAUCCUCAUCUAAGCAGGAUCUGCUGGAAACAUUUGUUCGCGACCCCCGCAACAGCGAGCAGGUGCUGGGAGACAGGAUCGACCAGGUGCUGUCACGCAUGUCCGUGUCCAAUCCACCUAUGCUCUCUGCAGCGUCAGCUGCAUCGCGUCAGGUCUUUGGCGUCACGAGCUCGGCGCAGGUGGUCGCGCCUCCUGCGCUAUCGAGUUACCAGAGCACGAUCAAGGCGACUGCUCCUUUGCGGGUGCGCAACCUAGGAGUCGACCACAUCUACACGCUUAUGGACGCUGCUACGCCAAAGACGAGCCAGUCUUCUCAUAUCAACACUGGUAUGGACAUCUUGCAAUGGCACACAGACGCUGGAGGAGGACUGUUCGGCAAGCCGAUGCCUGUCUUGCAGGACAAGAAGGUGCGGGAAAAGUACGUGGCGCUGAGCCAGGAGCUAAAGGGCGUUGAUGAGUCCCUUGACCGCAUCCUCGCAGAUGUGCUUCGCAAUUUAUGACACUGCAGAGAUUGAGAAUGUGUACCAGUAAUGUAUUUUGCACAAAGUUUCCCUUUUUGA